AAAUGCUGGAUUUGAGCGAGAACCACAUUUUCAAGAUCCAGAACCUAUCACGCAGAAAAAAGCAGGCAGAUCGCAUUUGUAAUGCAAAAAUAAAUACACAAAAAAAUCUGUGCUGCAUAGCUCAAGCAGCAUGCUGCGGGACCGCCCAUGACAGAUUUUUUUGUGUGUUUGUUCUUGCACUACAAGUGUUGGUCAUGGAAAUCGAUCCCGCACACACGUAACACGAUCGCCCCAAAUGACGCCUGUUCCCAAUGAAAUGACAGUUCUGAAUGACCUGAACUAGCUAGAUCCUUAGGGAAAUGGUCAGAAUCUAUCUAGAUCCUAAAGGAAACUCUUCACCAUGUUCCGCGAAUCCCCCAAAUACUACGAAGGCAAAGCCAUCAGGAUCGUAGUGAAAUGAAUGGACUCAGCUCGGUCCAGACGUUCAGAAUGGUCGCCCUGGGGGACUUGACUCCCGCCAGGGUCGAGCACCAAUCUGAGCAGGUUGAGGAGUGGACUCCCAUGCUGUUUUGCCACUUGACUCUGACCAGGUUCGGUCCAUAUGAAUGCGCUGAAUUUGGAUGAAUUGAACCUACAGGAUGUAACGCAGCAAGAGACUUGCGUCACUUGCUUGCUUACUUGCAAUUGAGAGAAUUCAUUGAACUGCUGUUGAUAACGAGCUCAGUGGAGCAAACGUGUGUAAGUGUGUGCGAGUGUUCUCAAGUCCACUAACACUACGCUACGCCUUGAGACUCAAGCCGGCUCUUCUAGUCAGAUAAGUUAGAUUGAAGAUGGGCCAAGAGGCGAAAUUGACGGCGAAGCUGUCCAGCGCGCAGGACUGGCGCGCCUGGCAUCGCGGGGUCACGAACGAGGUUUCUCGCCUCGGGCUCCAGGAGUAUUGGGAUAAUCGUCUUGCUGGUAACCCUCCGGGGAUUCCGCAGGCGAACAAUACUGCCAAUAAUGCGAUCCGGGAGAAGUGGCGCGACCUGAGGGAUGCCAUCUACAAGUCGCGCACCGGGUCCGUGUCCACGUGGGUCAACAGUCAGCACUACAUCAACGACGACGCUGCGCAGUUGUUCAUGCGUGUUCGUGAUGUGGGUCGCUUCAAUGUUGCAUCCCGUGACCAGCAGCAGAUCAAGACCUCCUCGAUCGACGCCAUGCAUUUCGACAACCGCGACGCGCCGAAGGAUGCUCCGACGUUCCUGGCCCAGAUCCACGACUUGAUGGAGAUGGCGCCGAGUGUCUACGUCCCGGAGCCCGGGCGUCCGGCUGAAGAUCAGCAUGUCAAGAACAUUCUGGACAAGUUGCCCAAGAUGUUUGCGUCGGCCUUCCGCCAGACCAUCGACCGCUGCGUGGACGAGUCCGAUCGCAUCACCUUGCAGGAGAUCGGGAACCGUCUCGAGAAGAAGCUCGCGCAGUUGGUCAAGGAGGGGUCGCACAAGAUUGCGAACCCGUCCUUCGGCAAGGCCUUCCCGGUCGUUGAGGAGAAGUCGAAGAAGAACAAGAAGGGAAAUAAGCGUCAGAAAAAUGACGACGAUGACGAGGAGCCGGACUCCGCUGAUGAUGGUCAGAAUGCUGCUUCUGGCAAGGUGUUCUCGGCGAAAGCCUUGAAACGCAUGAAAGCCAAACUACGCAAGCAGACCGAAGCGAGUGUCCUGGCUGCCCAUGGCCUGCCCCCGAAGUCUAACACUAAGGGUGGAAGUGGCCAGAAAGGUGGUGGCAAGACUGGUCGGAACCAGAGCACUCCCUACAACACUGUGACCAAACCCAAAUGCUGGAUCUGUGGCAAGGAAAACCAUAAGGCGGACCGCUGCCGCUGGAAUCCUAACAAUCAAGGGAAAGGUCAGUGGGGUGGUGCCUGGGGAAACCAGCAGCCGCAGUGGUGUCCGCCGGUGAACCAGAACCAGAUGAACAACCAGAAUCAAGGGCAAGGAGCCGGUGGAAAGCAGGGCGGUUGGGUCUGGCAAGGACCAGCCUGACCAGAUCACGGAGGAGUUUAUAUCUCGGAGCAUGGUAGUUGUGUGCUAAAUUUCGAGAAUUUAGGGGAUUCUGAUGUAGAUUCUUCUAGCUGUUUUACUGCACAGACCAAGGACGAAGUGAGCUUGGUCGAUUCAUGUGCAAACAAGUAUUUAUCUAGACACAAAUCGGAUUUUAUUGACAUCUCGAGCAACGUCUGUCGCAUCAACGGCACGGCCGGGGCUCGUGAUGGUUUUGUAGGAAAACUGAAGGAAAACGCUCUAGGUUUGCCCUAUGGCGUCUAUUUUAAACACUUGCCAAGAGAUAUUGAUCGUAUUCUUCCGUGGCUCGGUGAGGACAAUCUCAGUGAUCGUGGGUGGGAUCUGAACUACAACAGCUCUGGCGGUUCCUUAGUCAACAGGGAAUCCGGUCAGAUGCUACCAAUCAAGAACCACGAGAGGUUGACCCUCCCAGUCCUUGGGUGUGAUCUUUUCGUGAUGGGCCUCCGGGGUCAGGCGACUAGAGACACCGCGGAAGAUAUUGCAUGCAUUACAAUCGAAGAAAGUAUUGCUAGUUGUCACCUUACGCGUCUAGAACAACAUAGAAGAUUCGGACACUUUCAUGUAGAUGGUCUUAAUGUCCAGUGUCCUGAAUGCGACAAAGCGAAAGGCGCAAGAAGCUCUCACGCCAAGGAGCGAGACACUAGUAAUUACAAACCUGAACCAUUGAAACUACUAGCGAUGGACUUCGCGGUAGGUAUUAAACCUGUAUCGAUUCGGUCACGCACCUGCGUGCUUGUGGUCAUCUGUGAUGCCAUCAAGAAGUGUUUCUGUGUCCCUCUUAAGCUGAAAAGUGACUGCGUUGAGGUUUUGGAAGAAUUGAUCAAAGGCAUUCGCCAGACCUACGCUUUGACCCUCGAGGACAAGGUGGUAUGGUUCGUCCGUAGGGACAGUGAGCCAGUUCUGGGCAGUGACUCCAUGACCAAGGUCAUGCAAUCGCUGCGGGUCGGUGAUGCUCCUGCGGUUCCCUACAACCCAGAGCAGAACGGAACCUGCGAACGCUUUAUGCGGACCAUAUUCGGCGCUGUGCGUGCGAUGUUGGUGAACGUGGACAAGCGUCUGUGGUGCUACUCGGUCGAGUACGCUGCAGCAUGCUGGGACCGCCUUCCGCAUAAGUAUAGCAAAAUGCCUGAGUACGACGGAAAGACUCCUGCAGAAAUUCUGGAUGAGAGAACUGGAAGAAAUAGCUCGAAAGUUGGCACAAGGAUGCUAAGGCGUUUUGGUUGUCUCGUUUAUUUUCGUGAACAAGUCAAGAAAGGCGAAGCUCAUGAAGCUCCUGAGGGGGGAGUAGAAGUGGUUGCUCCAAAGCUGUCCGCGCCAUUUCGUCGUGGUGUAUUUCUCGGCCUUUGUCCUAAGUCUUCGGGCUGGCGGGUUGGGACGUAUGUCACGGACGGCCGGUCCGCCGCGGGACAUCGUUGGAUGGAGUAUUCUACCAUCGACGUCAAGUUCCGUGAGGAGUACCUCGUGAAGAAUAUUGAAGACCUAGUUCCUAACUCCAAAGGUAUCUAUGUCGAGUGUGACGCAAUCGAGGCCCUACCUAGUGGAGCGUCGUGUGCGCCAUCUCUCCCGUGUGUCGGUCUGAUCAAAAGGGCUGAGCACCGGCUGGGGGUGGAUGUCUCGGAGCACACUGGUAGGCAGCCUGACGGUCCUGAAGAGACGUUGGUAGUUGAAAGUCUGGAUAGGGAAGAUGAUCCGGGCCAGAUAGAUCCCGAGCCUGAAGGUGUUAAACCUGAGGAGGGGAAUCUGGACGAUCACCCCACUCACAGCAGCUUAUCUAGUCCAAGAAAGGCGAGCCCGUCUCCGGCAAGGAUUGUGGCUGGCAACCGCAACUCCAAGCCGCGAGGUCGUGGUCGUCCCAAAGGGAGAAAGGACAAGACAAAGCGCGUGAGACGUACUAAGAAAGAGCUCGCAGAAUUGAGAAAGGACGCUAGUGCCUUUGCCGCAGCAAUAGCAGCACAGGAUGAUCGCGAGGAAGGUGAGGAAUUCCUCGACGUCCAGUGUUACUUGACUACAUCGGCCAAGUUGGAUCCUGCUCGUUGCAAAGACUCAGUCGAAUGGAACGCAGCAACCAACAAGGAAGAUUGUAGACUUGAAGCCUAUAAAGUGUGGGAGCCAGCUACUGACGAGGAGCUAGCGACCGCAAAGCAGGUUUUGCCUAUUGCUAUCCUUCUUACCGAGAAGCGUGACGGUACGAAGAAAGCGCGAGCAGUAGUACUCGGUAAUCUAGAUCGUUCGGGCGAGCUGGACACUUUCGCUCCUGUUGUGUCCCAUGCCGCUAACAGGUUACUUCUAGCCGCUGCAGCCGCAGACGGUGAUGAUGUGAUCCCGUUCGACCUUGAUAGUGCGUUUCUCAAUGCCUUACUUGAUCGCGACGUCUUCUGCCGCUUGCCACCCAUCUGGGCGAAGAAGCACGGCGUGGAGAUCGUCAAGCUCAAGAAAGCGCUUUACGGCUUGAAAGACGCCCCCAGGCUCUGGUAUAAGAAGUAUGAGGAAGUACUGACCAAGCUAGGUUGGGAACCCUGUCCCUCUGCGCCAGGUCUGUGGAAGAAACCGAGCUUGGAACACCCUGGGAAGUUUCUGAAGUUGGCAGUGUAUGUCGACGAUAAUCUUAUCACAGGUCCUCCGACUGGGUCCGAGUUGGCUGGAGAACUUGCGGAGAUCUUGCACCACGUCAAGGGGCGCAUGAUCGACGUCGAGCUUGUUCCGGAGUUUAACUCUGUGUCCAAGAAGUUUGACUUCCUAGGGUCAAUAGUGUACUACAACUGGAAUCUACGAACCGUUAGGAUCGUGAUGACAGAGUACAUAUCCAAGAUUUGUAAGAAAUUCCACGUCUCAGAAGCGGGCAAGCCGGUCCACUCGCCAAACUUCGAUGAGUCUGAACUCGCUAAAGAAGUUGAAGGAGCUAAAGUUAUUGAAGGUUUUCCCCUUCGAGAGGUCGUUGGCUCUCUGCAGUGGGCUGCAACCACUUGCAGGGUAGACAUUGUUGUCCCGGUUGCCACUGUCGCCAGAUACGUGGGCAAGCCGGCGACUCGGCCUGUCGUAAACGCCUGUAAGAAGAUUCUGAAGUAUCUAUUGACAACGAAGGAGCAGGGUCUGUCGUAUAGUCCGGAAAUUGAGGAAGAAUUCAACAGAAUCUACAGCAAGCUACUGCCCGACGGGAGAGACUUGCCUGAUGUGAAUCUGUUUUCGGAUGCUAGUUUUGCGAACUGUUGCAAGACCAUGCGAAGCACUAGUGGUAGCAUUAUGUACUUCCGCGGCUUCCCGAUCUGUUGGCGUAGCAACCGGCAGACCGUGAGGGCGUACUCCACGGCGGAGGCGGAGUAUAUAGCUGCUUCCGACACUAUUGUGCUGAGCGAGCAGAAUGACUUUACAGAGUUCUUCAAACCUCUACCCACUGUCAUGGUGGAAAAGCAGAAUGGCUUAUCUCCCUCCCUGGAUGAUGCCAUAUUGUGGAUCGACAACCAGUCCGCGAUAACUACAGCUAAGAGCACAGACAACAAACCGAAAUCGAGGCACUACGCACUGCGAUAUCUCCGCGUGAGAGACGCAGCGAGCCAGAUCAUGUUCUGCCCGACCUACCUAAUGAAGGCAGACGGUCUCACGAAGCUCGAGUGUAGUGUGCCGCAGAGACGCUUACUCUUGCACCAUAUUGAUAACCCCGACCCUAAGUCUUUUAUUUGUGACUCCUCUGACGAUGAGGAUGAUUUAGACACGUUUAUAGAGGGGAAUCACAAGGGCAAGGCUAAAGUAGGCUAUACUUAUUCGAUUUAUUUUGGUUUCUAGAGGGGAUAGCUAGUUCACCACAGCGCGCUCAGGAGGGGAGUGUGGUAGGACGCUAUCCAGAUUAGCACCACCGCCGCAGCGAUUGAGGAGGGGUGUUGGUCAUGGAAAUCGAUCCCGCACACACGUAACACGAUCGCCCCAAAUGACGCCUGUUCCCAAUGAAAUGACAGUUCUGAAUGACCUGAACUAGCUAGAUCCUUAGGGAAAUGGUCAGAAUCUAUCUAGAUCCUAAAGGAAACUCUUCACCAUGUUCCGCGAAUCCCCCAAAUACUACGAAGGCAAAGCCAUCAGGAUCGUAGUGAAAUGAAUGGACUCAGCUCGGUCCAGACGUUCAGAGUGGUCACCCUGGGGGACUUGACUCCCGCCAGGGUCGAGCACCAAUCUGAGCAGGUUGAGGAGUGGACUCCCAUGCUGUUUUGCCACUUGACUCUGAACCCGAUUGGUCCAUAUGAAUGUGAUGAAUUUGGAUGAAUUGAACCUACAGGAUGUAACGCAGCAAGAGACUUGCGUCACUUGCUUGCUUACUUGCAAUUGAGAGAAUUCAUUGAACUGCUGUUGAUAACGAGCUCAGUGGAGCAAACGCGUGUAAGUGUGUGCGAGUGUUCUCAAGUCCACUAACAACAAGUAUGCUAUGCCUGUUUUUUUCUCUGGGAUAAAACCUUGAGUAUGGUAGUGCGCAACUUGGUCGUCGUCCUUCCCCUCACUUGAAAGUGCGCUGGCUGGGCUUUAACACAAACGUGAAGCUAUCAUCUGAAGAUCAAUCCAGC